AUGUACAGAAUAGAUGUUUCAGAUUUUUAUGACUUCCAAGCAUUCAGAAAUAUGUGUCCAUUUCGAGACUAUAACAAAGCAGUCGAGAAUUUGAAACGUUUAGUCAUUUAUGUCGACUCUGCCCCAGAAUGUUAUGUUAUGAAAGAAUGGGAUGUUGUCUUUAACAAACCAAGAGCAACAAUAGUUUCAGAACAAGAAUGUAGACAGAAACUUAAGAAAAUAAAAGUCGUACAAGUUGGCAUGAAGAUGUUAGAUGCUUGGGAUAUCUUAUUGUCAAAGUUAGAAGAUUUUUCAGUUCGAGGUAUAAAGUUCUAUACACCUUCUCCAAACUUCUAUUCUAUCUUCACUGGAUAUAAAUACGAACAAGUAGAAUGGAAAGAAAAUAUUAUAGAAGCUUGGUUAGACCAUGUCAAAGAAAUUAUAUGCAAUGGAAACGAAAGAGUCUAUGAGUAUAUCUUAUGUUGGUUUGCAAACAUCUUACAACAUCCAAGUGCUAAAAAUGAAACUGCUCUCAUUAUAAUUGGAAAACAAGGAACUGGUAA